GUGGUGGUGGCCAUCAUCUUGGCCAUCCUGGGCACCCUGCUCGCCGUCGCCGGCGGCAAGUGCACCAACUGCGUGGAGGACGACACCGCCAAAGCCAAGGUCAUGAUCCUCUCUGGCGUCAUCUUCAUCAUCGCUGGCGUUCUCAUCCUCAUCCCCGUCUCUUGGUCGGCCAACACCAUCAUCCGGGACUUCUACAACCCGCUGGUCACUGACUCCCAGAAGCGGGACCUGGGGUCGUCCCUCUACGUGGGCUGGGCGGCCGCC